CAAAUGCACAGGAACCUUAUUCAAAGAUCUGACCAAGAAUAAAUCCAGCAUGCAAUUAUUUCCCCGAAAAAGUUCAACAGCUCCCCAGAGCUCACAUUGCUACCUGGUGUGUUUAGUGAUCAUAAUCCUCUCUGGAAUAGCUUCACCCCUUCACGUCUCUCCUGUGACAACAGGUCUCCGCUCUGCUUUCUCUGCCACACGAACCAACAGUGUGGUGGGAGGCAAGCAGAAAGCAGUGACUUUCAACAAGCUCAUGGUCAACAUCGGAGGGGACUUUAGCCCAGACAGCGGUCACUUCCGCUGCCGCAUCCCAGGGGCUUACUAUUUCUCCUUCUCCGUGGGAAAAUUUCCAAAAAAACUUCUCUCUGUCAUAUUGGUGAAGAAUGGGGAGGAGGUGCAGGCCAUAGCUUAUGACGACUACCGUAAGACAGGGAGAAAAGUUCAAAGCCAAAGUGUAAUGGUCAGUUUGAAGGAAAUGGACACAGUGUGGCUGCUUUUACAGCAGAAUCCUCAGUUUGCCUUGUACAGUAAUGCUGGCCCUUACAUCACUUUCUCUGGUUACCUCGUUUAUCCUGACAUCCAGCCAGCCAGCUACAUCAGCAACCACCUCUCCCCACCGGAGCUGUCCUACCCCAGCUGCCCACCUCAUGCUGACCUCAUGGCCAAAGAUCGAGUGAUGGAGCAGCCACAGUCGGCCUUCUCAGUGGCACGAACAUCCACACUCAUCGGUCAGAGCAGCAGGAAUCAGGACAAGCCGCCACUGACCUUUGAUGUGGAAUAUGUCAACAUCGGGGGCCAUUUCAACAAAACCACUGGCCUGUUCACAUGCCAGUUCCCUGGGGCAUACUUCUUUGCCUUCACUGUAGGGAAACACCCUCGCAAGGCUGUUUCUGUGAAGCUGAUGACUGGGAACGGAGAGGUGCAGGCGAUGGUGUUCGAUGAGGAUACAUCAAAGAGACGGGAGAUGCAGAGUCAGAGCUUGCUGCUGUUGCUCCGCAGGGGCGACAGAGUAUGGCUGUACAGUCAGCAGGAUGAGCGUUAUGCUGUUUAUAGCAAUCAGGGGAGGUACACCACAUUUUCUGGCUUCCUGGUUUAUCCAGGUGUAGAGACACCCCCCAAUGAUCAGGACAGAACUCAGCUAUAAGUGUCUUUAACCACCAUUGUGUCUUUAGAAAAUAGCAAGUUUUGUAGUAAAGCUGCAAGUAUGUAAAAGCGAACGAGUCAGAGUUUCAGAUCUCUGAUCAGUAAUUUGUUAGUGCUUUAACUGCUUUCUUUGCUAACUAUUUUCUUGGUGUAUUAUGUGUUUUCAGAGGUGACGUUUGUUGCCUGCUUACACCAUAAGAUGGUGCUGUCACACAAUCAUAAACACUAACCUGCAGAAAAGGUGGCUCCUGGUCACAAAGUGCAACAAUCAAACAUCACAAAAAAACUAAAUGAAAAAAAAACUCAACAACAAGAACAAGUGUCUUGAAAUGUGUUCUUUUAGUUUACAGAUACAUUUAUUUUCACAUAUGUUUGUACUGAGGAGCAUUAAAAUGUUGCUUUUUUUACAUAUAAAAUUAACUGUUGCAUGGUCAGAGUAACAAUGUAAAUGAUGUAAAGUUUGUCCCAACUUGCUUAUUAAAAAGAUGAGACUUUAGAUAGAUGUCAUGUUAUGUAUAGAACUUUCCUUGUUUACUGUAGAAUAAUCUCUUUAAAGGUUUAGUGUUAAAUUUGCAAUAAAUAAAUAAAUUUACUGUGAUAAAAAAAUUAAAAAGUUUAUAUUUCUUCUUAAUCAAGUAUUUAAAUAAGUACAAUAGUAAACUUGUAAAGCAGCUACCAUGUAGUCAGUACUCAUCAUGCAGUUAAUUUUUCUUCCUUCUUAUAACGCAGAUCAGCAGCAGUCAAUACUCCAGAUGGUACUGCAGGUAUUAAUUGUAUUACAUUAUAAAGUGUUAUGUGUUAUAUUAU